AUGUCUGCCACGGUAGUCUUCGCGGACAAAGCACCCAAACCACUCCCACAGUUCUCUCAGGCUGUGGUAUACAACGGCAUCAUCUACAUCUCUGGGAAUAUUGGCCUUGACGCCGUGACCUGGAAGCUGGUGGACGGCGGAGUAAAAGAGCAGACGCGACAAGCACUUCGCAAUAUAGCCAGUAUCCUAGAGGCAUCCCAAAGCGACUGGAGGGAGGUGCUCAAAGUCAACAUAUUCUUGACUGAAAUGUCGAAUUUCGCGGCAAUGAAUGAAGCAUGGGACGAGGUCUUUACCGCGGAUUAUAAACCUGUAAGCAAUUGA